CGGUCAUUCAUUCACUCACACUCGUCAAACAGGGAAGUUUGUGCGGUGAUGUUCAUGUUUCUGAAAUUUAUUUAUUAGUCGAAAUAACCAAUAAUUUGUGUGAAUUUCGAAGUUUAAUUGAUACUUAAUACUUAGAAAUGGCGAUGCAACCACACAGCAAGAAGAGAGUGUGCUAUUAUUAUGAUAGUGAUAUUGGAAACUAUUAUUAUGGACAGGGACAUCCGAUGAAACCUCACCGUAUACGUAUGACUCACAACUUGCUACUUAAUUAUGGGUUAUACAGAAAAAUGGAAAUAUAUAGACCCCACAAAGCUACAGCUGAUGAGAUGACAAAGUUCCACUCAGAUGACUACAUUCGCUUCCUGCGCUCAAUCAGACCUGACAACAUGUCCGAGUACAACAAACAGAUGCAAAGAUUCAAUGUGGGUGAAGAUUGUCCAGUGUUUGAUGGUCUCUAUGAGUUCUGCCAGCUGUCUGCUGGGGGCUCAGUGGCUGCUGCAGUAAAACUUAAUAAACAGGCUUCCGAAAUCUGCAUCAACUGGGGUGGAGGUCUUCAUCAUGCCAAGAAAUCAGAAGCAUCUGGUUUCUGUUACGUGAAUGACAUAGUGUUGGGCAUUCUUGAGCUGCUCAAAUACCACCAGAGAGUACUGUACAUUGACAUCGAUGUUCACCAUGGAGAUGGAGUGGAAGAGGCUUUCUAUACCACAGACAGAGUCAUGACAGUGUCAUUCCACAAAUAUGGAGAAUACUUCCCUGGAACAGGUGAUUUACGUGACAUUGGCGCCGGCAAAGGUAAAUACUACGCCGUGAACAUACCACUGCGCGACGGAAUGGAUGACGAAUCAUAUGAAUCCAUCUUCGUGCCCAUCAUCUCUAAAGUCAUGGAAACAUUCCAGCCGAGUGCCGUCGUGCUUCAAUGUGGCGCCGAUUCUCUUACAGGAGACAGGUUGGGUUGUUUCAAUCUAACAGUACGAGGCCACGGCCGCUGUGUAGAGCUCGUAAAGAGAUUCGGUUUACCAUUUUUGCUGGUUGGAGGAGGAGGCUACACAAUUCGAAAUGUUUCACGUUGCUGGACUUACGAGACAUCAGUAGCACUUGGUGUUGAAAUUGCAAAUGAGCUUCCAUACAAUGACUACUUCGAAUACUUUGGUCCGGACUUCAAACUGCAUAUAUCUCCAAGCAACAUGUCAAAUCAAAACACGUCAGAGUAUUUGGAGAAAAUAAAGAACAGGCUCUUUGAAAAUCUGAGAAUGUUACCUCAUGCACCAGGCGUUCAGGUACAAGCCAUUCCAGAAGACGCGGUUAAUGAUGAAUCUGAGGAUGAAGACAAAGUUGAUAAAGACGAAAGGCUGCCACAAAGUGAAAAAGACAAGCGCAUUACUGGUGACGGUGAGCUCUCAGAUUCUGAAGAUGAAGGAGAAGGUGGCCGUCGCGACAACAGGUCGUACCGGACGCCACAGCCGCGCAAGCGUCCGCGCCUAGACAAGGACGGGUCCACUAUCAAAGAUGAAAUCAAAACAGAAGACUCAAAGGAUGAUGUCAAAAACAUCAACAGUGUAGAAGAACCAAAGAAAGACAUGCCUCCAAUUCCCUGAUGUACGCGCUAAACACCGUCGUUGUUCAAGCACACUGUCAUGCAAUGUCAAGACACGUGCCACGAGACAAACACGGGUGUUUCAUGAUAACGAGCGCGUUGUACCCAGACAACGUUUAUAAUUCUUGAUGUAGUGCUCCAAAAAGAAUAUUAUAUAUUUUGAUACCAGACAAAAGCAGAAGAUUGCAAGUAGACGUUUCCGGAUCUCAAUUUUUUGUAACAGUUAGUUCCUCUCCAUUAUCCGAAUGGGAACCUGUCCAUAAAUGAGAGUAAUCAUUUUAUUACAGUGUGUGUCACAAAACAAUCCAGUUUUAAGAUCAAGGGCACUGUUAAUGGACUACAAUUUUUCAGACUAGUUAUGUGUAAUUUUAUCUUCUACACAAGUAGUAGCUUCAUCUAAAGUUAAGAUUUUUGUAUUUGAUAAAAAUGUAGUUAUAGUCCAUUUUAAAUUAAUGCGAUUGUCAAAGUAAUUUUGAGACAUAAGUUAUGAUUUUCUUACAAAUUCUCUAGCUAUAGUUAAAACACUGAACGAAAAGUGUUUGCAUUUCAAGUAUUUCUUUUUUGUUAUAGAUCUGCCCAAAGUGGUGUUUGACAUUUUACACGAUUACACGUGCCCCUGAUAUUCCAAAACUAUCAGGAACAGCUUGUUUGUAUUAAAAUGUCAAACACUUACAGUGGUUUGUCCUAGAAUGAGGGUUUUCAGUUCUUUUUCUGCCUCCAGAUGCACCUACGUAAGCGUCAGGUCCAAUCAGCUCCUAGAUAGCACCUAAAAAUCGUAGUCUUUCAUAUAAAUAUUUACUGCCAGAAGAUUGGCGAACAAAUAACGGCAUUGCGCUCAAAUAACGGCUUUCAUCUGCAAUUUUAUUUGCAUACAUGUGCAUUGCACGACUUUUAAGAGCGAAUAAUCCAAAAACAGGUGUUGGAACUGAAGCAAUAAUGCUGUCAUCUCAUGUAGAACUUUUCAGAAAAUCCUCAUUAUCUCGCUAGUUGUAAAUUAUUUUUAUUGAAAUGACAUUUGAAAUUAAUGCAGUUUUUACACUGAGUGUUCUUUUCAACAUUGUGAAAUUAUUCCACCCAUAAGACAUGUCUAGACCAGAGCCAAUUGAUUUGGAUUAGUUUCCUCCAGAUAAAAAUAGUAACUUUUCAUUAAUGUAUUUGGGCAUGUUAAAGUUUUUUAGGGAAUUUAUGAAUAACUUUUAUUUUUAUUAUAUAUCAAUAAUUAUAAAUUCUCUAUGAAACUGAAUCCUAUAAUUUAGGGAGUAACAACUAAGGUAUUUUUCAAUUGAAUCACAAUGGGAUACCAUAUUAUUACAUGUAAUUCUGUAAAUAGCAGUCCUCAUGUAGAUGUGGAAACUUAAAUGUAGAAGCUGCCUGAAAGAGAGGUUGAUGUGGCAGCUUUUACACAAUGCGAAUUUUUACUAUGUAUAAAAUAACCGUGUUUAGUUCAUUUGAAUUGGAAAAAUAUUUAACUCGCAACUCUGGUUUAAGUAUUGAGGGUGAUGAUGACGAAUAUUUUAUUAUUCGCAUAAGAUAGAAUAAGACUGUAAAUAUAUUUUUUAUUGUUCAAUAUAUCAAAAUGUGUCGAA